CCCGUCGCGUGACAGACCCGAGAAUGAGGGCGGGCUCUGUGUGAUUUCUUUCUUUCAGUCCAGACGAAGCUAAAAACACCGAACAAAUCAAGAAGUGCUUUUUAGUUUUGUAUUUCUUUUUAUUUUGUUUUCACAUACAUCUUCACAGUCUCAGGAACCGAUGGAUCACGAGCCAUUUUAAUCUUUUGAAGCCGCACGUUGCAGACUAACGGGCUUUUGUUUGGAAAAAUCUGGAUUUUUUUAGUGGCUACCGAUCGCAGUAUUAACUAAGUUCUUCGAUCUAAAUACUUCGAUUCAAGUACACUUUGGGCUAUAAAUAAACUCUCUACAUACGUGUUUUUAAAAGCGAUGUAGUCAUUCAGGAAUAUGAUUUAUUCACUUCACGUCUGUCUGUGGAUUUGGUUUUUACGCGGUGUGUUUGGUGAUAGAAAUGAAGUGAAGUCAGUGUCUGUGGUGGAGGGAGAAUCUGUCACUCUGCGGACUGAUGUUAAAGUUCAACAAGAUGAUCAGAUACUGUGGAUGUUUAACAUUAAUAAUGCAGACACUCGUAUUGCUGAAAUACACAGACAGAACAUCUUUAAAUAUAACAAAACUGUGAUAUUUGGAGACCGACUGAAGAUAGACAGUCAAACUGGAUCUCUGACCAUCAGAAAUAUCAGAUCUGAACACUCUGGACUUUAUAAACUAGCCAUCGUUCAAGAAAAGACCACAUACAGGACAUUUUCUGUUGCUGUCUAUGCUCAUCUGCCCAUUCCUGUCAUCAACAGUUACUCAUCAUCUAAACGUACAUCAGACUCCAGAUGUUCAGUGUUGUGUUCAGUGGUGAACGUGAGUGCUGUGAGUCUCUCCUGGUACAAAGGAAACAGUGUAUUGUCCAGCAUCAGUGUGUCUGAUCUCAGCAUCAGUCUCUCUCUACCUCUGGAGGUGGAAUAUCAGGAUAACAACACCUACAGCUGUGUGAUCAACAAUCCCAUCACAAACCACACCACACAUCUGAACAUCAGUCAAACCUGUCAGCCAAAAUCAGAACUCAUGCCGAAAUCACUAAUGGUGGGAAUAACAGUUAGUGUUGUGAUGCUGCUGGUCUUGGCUGUAUUGGUUGCAGUAUUUUACAGGAAAUGCAAAUCAUCAAACCAAGAGGUCCAGACUGGUGAGGAAGAGGUACUUUAUGCAGAAACAACAUUUCAUGCGCACAGGGUUCAUAAGGUGGCAACUAACCAAGACGACCACAUCAUAUACUCCAGUGUUAAUGCAAAAUGACAUCGAUGCCAGCUUUUAUGUGCAGCCAACAAUUACAAUGGCAUAUGAAAGUCAUAUUCAAGUAUUCAUUUCAGGACUAAAAGUGCCUCCGCGCUAUAGUUUACCAUGGUUAUUAAGCGUUUUCAACAGUAGCAUAGCAAGUGGAUUAAGCCGAAUACAGUCUUAAAAGGUGGAUGCUUUGUGCUUGUCUUAGUUUGAUCUAAAGAGCUAGUUGAAAAAACACAUUUGGUCAUACUGCUUACAUUGAUGUCAAACAUUUUCAAAUUAUUUUUAACUCAGUAGAACUAACUUGGAAAAACAUUUCGCAUAUACAGGGUGUCUGCGGGGUCUUAAAAAGUAUUAACAUUUAAUAAAUCAAUUAGGAGAAAAUUAAUUUCUACGAGGUCUUAAUAUUGAUCAAGCGAUGUCCAAAGUGUUUUCUCCUCCAUCCGAGAGACGAAAGAGAGACGGAAGUUGAUAGGAUGCUCUCCACAUGUAGCGUAACCAUAGAGCGAAACAAACAGCAAAAUGGGAAAAUAUAAGUCUGCGUACUCCUGGUUGAAGAAAGACGAGUUUAAACUGUGGCUAAAACCUGUCGCUGAAAACAACCACGUAAUUUAUUCUUUGCACGGUUGUGCUCUAUUGAUUUAUUUAACUACCACUGUUUAUUAACAACUGCUUAUUAAGUUAAAGGUUAGAUACUGAUUAGAACUUAAAGUGGUGACGAGGUCUUAAAAUAUUACAAGCUCUUUAAAAAGUCUUAAAAAGGUAUUGAAAUUAUGUUUAGGAUUCCUGCAUAUACCUUGACAUGCAGUAGUUGAUUAAGGCGUUGCUGCACAUUAGAGCUUGAAUGUUUGUCAGUUAAAUCAGUUAGCCUUAAAACCUGUUGAUACUUGAUUUGUGGGUAGUUGCGUAUAAGACAUUUUGUAAAAGGCAAGACAUGUUCUGACAAGCUCUGUGUUUCUGGAUUAUUCCUACUUUUAGUUUAGAUUUAACAAAGAACUCCGGAAGACGUGUUAUAAAUGAUGUGUUGUAAUAAAUAACAAUAUUGGGACCAAUACACCAAUACAAGUCCAAAACUUUGAUACUAAGUUCUAAUUUUAUACAUAUUUAGUAUACAUUUUCUACACUGUUUAUAUUGCUUAGUAUAUUUUUAUAUUGCCUUAAGUAUUAACAAGAGCAAUUUCAAAGGAGCUUAUACUGAGUGUAAGGUUUUCUUUGACCAGUCUGACUGUUACCAAACAUGCUGUUAAAACCGUUUAGAUUAUCUUGUUUGACAACGUCUUUUGUUCAGAUGAAUGGAAGCGUGCUUCAAUGUUUAACUGACAGUUAUUUUAUGGGCUUCCUUCUUUCCAAACAGAACUUAUUUCCUGACGUUUUGGCGACCAAGUGAAUGCAGUAACUUGCGAAACAGGACUUUUCUGCAGCUAAUGCUGAAAAUUUCCAUUGUAUUUUUCAUUUUAGCUCCGAGCCUAUAACAGAAAACUUUGCAUUACAUUGCAUUUUCACUGUACUAAUACUGUAUUAUGUAACCCUUAUGGAAAAUAUUUUCGUAAAAGCCACAAGUCGAGUAUUAACACAAAAUGCCUCUGUUUUUAUACAGUCACGUAUUCUAUUAUGACAUUUUACUGACCUCCACAUGUUUACGUUUUUAAGCGUUGCCUCGAUAAAAAUCAUUUCCACUGACAAAAAUAAUUACUUACAGUUUACUCACGCCUUCACUUUCAGCAGCUAAACAUGUCAUGUAGUUAAGGAGAAUAGCAUAUAGUGCAGUAUUUGUAGGACCAGGUCUUUUAAUGUCAUUAGUACAAAUAAGCAAAUAAAAACCUUUUGCUGAA